UUUUUUUUUUUCUUCAGGAUAUGCUCCAAAACGGCGCCUUCACAGAAAAAAUUCAAAUAUUUCGUGCAGUUUAAUUCCGUGCUGCUGGCGGGAUAUUUGAGCACAACAUAUAGUCACUGUUUCCAGCGAAACAAUGGAGAAAGAGCUAACAAAACUGGUGCCUCGCGUGAUCGACGAAAAAAUGUUGGUGAUGGGGAGUAGAGCCGGGGCCAUUCUUUCAACAGAGUCGGAGAAAAGCGCGGCAGGUGCAAUUUUCCGGGAAGAGGGGGUCGCCUGGGACUCGGUGCAAUCCCUGGUUCUGGAGUUUAAGGAAAUAUGCCUGAUCACAAAUCUGUGGAAUUUCCGGAACUUGAAGUCACUGGACUUGAGUAACAACUUGAUCCAGGAAAUCUGUGGAUUGGAAACGUUGCAUAAGCUUCAGAAGUUGAACUUAUCCUUCAACUACAUCACAAAAAUCCAAGGCUUGCAAACUCUGACCGAUAUUCAANUUCAAGAUCUUUCUUUAUACGAGAACAAAAUCGAAGUCCUGGAAAAUUUGGACGAACUAAAAAAACUGAGAAUCUUCUCCAUCGGAAACAAUCAGCUGUCUUCGAUUAGCAAUAUUCUAUAUCUGCGUAAGUUUGCAGAUCUGAGGGGACUGACACUGAAAGGAAACCCGAUUUCCGAACAGGAAAAUUAUUUUUCGUACGUUGUUUCCCACUUGGAACAAAUAACCUUUUUCGACUACAGAUACCUUCUGGACUCCGAACGUGAAGAUGCUUUGGAACAAAACAGGAUAGCAGUGGAGACUCUGACGAACGAGGAAAAGCGGUUCAACAAGGUCCUACAAAAGCAACGAGAAGAGGAGGAAAAGCGGAACUUGCUGACUUUAGCAUUCGUCGACGUCAUAACCAGUCCUUUGGGUCUCUUGGAUUUCUUCGGGAUUCCAGAAACCGUGAAGCAAAAGUGUGCUUUGGAUAACUUCGAAGAGCUCUUCGGGCCGAUAGUCGGGAAAACGCUUUCCAAAUUCUGGGAAGAAGGGAAAAAGGUGCUCCUGGUUGCUCAGGAAAAGGGACUGAAGGCUUAUCAAGUGAGGAACUCCGACGUUCACAAAAUCAAGGAAUCGUUCAGUGCAAUUGAUAAGGAGAGUAGAGAUGAAGCAACGAGGUUGAUGGAAGCUUUCAAAGAAGACUUCAGAGAAAACAUCAAAGGUGUCGAAGAAAUUUUCGCUGCGCGUGGUUUGGACCGGAACACGAGAAAAUCGGAAGCGGAAUCUAGCAGAUCACCGACAUCCGCCUCAAAUGAAGAGUCACCCGACGAUGAACAGUUGUCC